AUGUCGGCGGGGAAACCACAGAUGGUGAACAUGCCUUCCAAUGUAUGGAGCCCGGGACCGAACCCCAUGGCCACCAUGCCAAUGGCACAAGGGCUUCCGACCCCGACAGUCCCCUCACAACCGCAGACGCUCAGUCCCGCGCCGACAUAUGCUAUACAACCGGAUGGAUCAGUAUGGCAAGUGCCCCCAACACGACCUAUGACCUAUCCCCCGCCGCCAGACAUGGCUGCGGCACCGUACCCCAAUCCUGGCCAAUUCCAGCAACCUCCCCCAGAUAUGAACCCCGACAUGGCCAGCCCAGUGCAGCCUUUCCCGGGCAACCAUGUUAAUCCGCAGAGCCCUCUACCGACGGACCUUCAGGGGACGCCAGUUGCAGUAACAUACGCUGGUACCCCCGCAGCAAUGGGGUUUCCUGCCUGGCAAGACGUGAAUAAUAUGUCGCCCAUGAAUGUCGUUCAGUAUCAGAUGUAUGCUGGGGACGCUGCACAACAAGCGUCGUUUGGUAGUCCACCCCCAAUGGGCCAUCCAGGCCAACGACAGUCUCCCCGGUAA